AUGAUUUCUGACGGCAUAGCACUGGGACUCCUUUUUCUUUUUCAGACUGGAUUUGGGGCCCUGGGGAACUCCUUCCUCCUGGGCCUAUAUACCAUCACCUUCUUCACUGGUCCCAGGCUGAGGCCCAUUGACUUGCUUCUAUGCCACUUGGCCUUUGCCAAUGACUUGGUGCUUCUUUCCAAAGGGAUUCCUCAAAUCAUGGCUACAUUGGGGCUCACCAAUUUCUUGGAUGAUGUGGGAUGUAAACUUGUCUUUUACUUUCACAGAGUGGCCCGGGAUCUUUCCCUCUGUACCACCUGCCUCCUGAGUAGCUUCCAAGCCUUCACUUUAAGUCCUAGAAGCUCCUGGUGGGAAAACUUUAAAGCUAGAUCCCCAAAGUAUAUUGUCCCAUUGUUUCUCUCAUGCUGGACCUUCAAUCUCCUGAAAAAUUGCCUGAUUCUUUUAUAUAUGAAAGGCCCAAAAGGAAGCAAUAACAUCACUGGUAUAAAUGAUUUCAUUUACUGUUCUGCUACAUUUCAUGUUUCACCAUAUAUUUUACUAUAUAUACUCCUAUUCUCCCUUCCUGAUGUUUUAUAUGUAGGAAUCAUGGUGGGCACCAGUGGGUAUAUAGUUUUUGUCUUGUAUAGACACCAUCAGAGAGUACAGUACCUUCAUGGCAACAGUCUCAAACCCAACGGUUUCCCUGAGGCCAGAGCCACCCAAACAGUCCUGCUGCUUAUCAUUCUGUUUGUCUCCUUUUACUGUCUGAAUUCUAUCCUGUUGUUAUGCAUUCGCUAUGGGAAAACAUUUUCCUGGCUUGUUCAUAGCUCUGCCUUCCUGGCUGCCUGUUUUCCAGCUUGCAGCUCCUUUGUUCUAAUAGUCAGUGACUCCCAAGUCCAAAAAUACUCCUUGGCCCUCUGGGAAAAGAUGAUGUUACAGUUCUGA